AGAGUUUCAUAUGCAGGAUAUGUAGUCCAAGAAGAGUCACGGAGUUGGGCGACAAGCGGUACAUGAUGCUGACUACGACUGAAAGUCGCGGUUCGUCGUCCACAUGAUACCAUUUUGGCAGAUAGGUGUAGACUCAAAGAAUGGUCCCGGAUGGAGAUGUUUUUUUUAAAGAGAAGCAACGAGACAAGCAAGAGAAUUACGUAUGUAAUCGAUCAAUAUUCAGCAGCCGGUGUUCAUGAGAAGGAGGGUUGCUUUUUCACGACUUCGGACCACAGAAAGCUUCCGUAGUGCAAGCAUCUACACCAAAAAUGGCAGAAAGCAAGGAUACGGCGAACGGCCCAGGUCUGACAAUAAGAUUGCUUGGGCGCAGCGAGAGAAAAGCAAGCAUGUUGUGUUCAGCGAUACUCCGAGUCGUUUUUACGGGUAUUCAAUUGAAAUAGGUGAGCACCGAGUCGGUCUAAUGCUUCGUAUAUAUGGGGAAAACACCCCGAUUUCCCUUCGGAAGCCUUCCAUUCUACUAGCCGUCGUGUUCCUUUUGUCGAUCGUCCUUACUCAUGAGAGGGACACACUCAUGCUUUACUUCCGCGGUCAUACCUUCCCCGUUUACAAUGCAAGAACUCAUGGAGGCGACGGGUCAGUGCAGCUCCUCCAAAUUUCAACACGUGAGGAAAGCUCUCAUGUCUAACUUGAGUCUAGAUGCAGUUUAAGUUCGUCCAUCUUGUGCUGAUUCGACACCCGUCUCGACUAAUGAUCCUCGAAUCGCUCGAGAACCCAUUUGCUUACCGAUCUGAAUUAGACCAGCUUUUUGAGGCAGAGAAGGACAUUCUGAUGUGGGCAGUGUUAUCAGGCUUCAUUAAUAUAUCGAAGCUUUAUCAGCGCAUUGUCCGUUCCUUGAAAAGAUGUAGCUGUCCCUCUGGUGCACUAUACUGAUCUAUAACAUUUUAGAUUCCUCUGUUUUCAAUUAUCCAGCCGUGUUGAAAGUGCAACUGUGGAAAUGACUCGUCGUGUGCGACUUCCUUUCAGAGAGGCCACCGAUAACAGCGUCAAACCUGUAAAGACGACAGUGUUUCCGUGAACAAGCAUGAUACCAACUCGAAAUCA